UGCAGCGAUUUUGGCCGUCAAGUACACAUCGAGAGCGUCGGCCCAAAAGUGGCUUACCACGCCACACAACCAAAUGAUGAGAAACACGGUCCCACCACGCCUUGCGGCAGGAGCAAUGCGUCAUCACAACCCCACACUGCGUCGCGCGGCGGGUUGAUCCGUUUCGUUUCCCAAGCCGAUGGCAAGACAUACUAUGGUCUUGCCGACCAACACCUCCGCGAGGCCGAGACUCUAUCGGCCGGCCAUCCCUUUGGCAGCGAUGCAAGACCCACCGGUGUCCGCCAGCCCAUCUCCCAGCUGUUGAGUCCCCUCGCCCGCGAUGACUGCCGAGGAAUUGUCUGCAUCGGUCUCAACUACAGGGAUCACGCCGAGGAGGCCAAGAUGGCAAUUCCCACCGUGCCUGUUGUCUUGUAGAGCUUUAUCCCGCCCAGUUGGACCCUGCAUCGUCGAUGACCAAAGUGGUGACCGUAUUUGUUUGUCGAGAUAGUUACAAGCCCGUGACGGCCCUGGCAGGACCUAAUGAUGAUCUGAUCAUUCCCCGCGCCUCGUGGGAGAAGGGGGCUUUGGAUUAUGAGGCAGAGCUGGUCAUCGUGAUCGGCAAGGAAGCCUCCAGGGUCUCCGAGGCACAAGCGCUCGACUAUGUCUAUGGAUACACUGUCGGAAACGACUUUUCCAACCGGACCUGGCAGCUCGACAAGACGCUGAGCGGCGGGCAGUGGUGCUUUUCCAAGAGCUUCGACGCCUCGGCUCCCAUCGGGCCUGCCAUCGUCUCCAAGGAGGCGCUGGGCGAUGCGGCAAAUCUGUCCAUCCGUGCCAACCUCAACGGGGAGACGAUGCAGGACAGCAACACGGGCCAGAUGAUCUUUGGCGCCGCCAAACUCGUGUCGUUCCUCAGUCAGGCCAUGACGCUGCUGCCGGGCACACUGAUCUUCACGGGGACUCCGGCGGGUGUCGGACUUGGAAGGUCGCCUCAGGUGGUGGUCAAGGAGGGGGACGUAACGUUGCGUACCCCCUGUUCGGCACCCCCCCUGUUCGGCACCCUGAAAAUCUAACAACGAAAUGCCUACUUUUAUAAACUGAUUUAAAUAUAAAAUUAUCAACGGACAAAAAUACAAUCGUUUUCACGCUUCUCCGGUUCAUUAACCUCUUCUUCAUCAGCUAAAGGUUCCAAAUUUUCUAUAUCAUUUUCCUGCAAUCCAAUAAUGUUCUGUUUGUUAACCAAAAGCUCGUUUGGAUCCGGAACCACCCUCCUCCUUUUAACCGGCCGUAUUGCCUCCAGUUGUGCUUCCAAUAAGCUGAUUUUUUGCUGGGCGCUAGCCAAAAGGGUAUCUUUGGCUUCGAAGCUUUUUUGGACUUUUGCAAAUAAAAGACGUGAAGUAGCGUUGGUUUUGUUGGAUUGGGAAAGUUUUUGCAGUUGAAGUCGGAUAUCUCGGGUCGUUUUAGGGGUUUUCCAAAUAAGUAAAGACGGGUCGUUAAUUUUUUGGGCUGGGCUUUCCGGUGUUUUAUCCCUUUGCAAACCGUUGUUUUUAUCUUUUAUAACGUUGGCGUUGCUAUUUUCUAACAAAAAAGGGCUUAAAAGUGGUUUAACCAAGUUUACCGGCCAUAACCCCGUUGUACGCCAACCAGAUUGAAUGGUUUUUGCUAUAAAUGCUUUUAAUCUGGCUUUUCG